UUUAAGGUUGAAACCACUGAUUUUCUAUCACUUGAAGAAUUUCUUCUUGGUGAAGACUGAGAAGGAUAGGGAGGAAGCAAUGGAUCCAGGAUGUCUGGGUUUCAACACUGGCGAACCUCAAAUACAGCUCUAUUUUCUGCUAGGACUCGUUUAUGCUGCGGUGACACCACUUUUACUUCCUUUCAUAUUGAUUUUCUUCAGCUUAGCAUAUGUUGUAUUCCGCCAUCAGAUCAUAAAUGUAUACAACCAACAGUAUGAAAGUGCUGCAGCAUUUUGGCCCGAUGUCCAUGGACGUGUAAUAGCUGCAUUGGUUAUCUCCCAGCUUCUCCUAAUGGGAUUGUUGAGUACAAAAGAAGCUGCUCAGUCAACACCAUUUCUCAUUGCUCUUCCGGUACUGACCAUAUGGUUUUAUAGGUUCUGCAAAGGCCGUUAUGAACCUGCAUUUAUCAGAUACCCAUUACAGGAAGCGAUGAUGAAAGAUACUCUGGAACGUGCCACAGAACCAAACCUCAAUCUAAAAGACUACCUUCGAAAUGCUUAUAUCCAUCCUGUUUUUAAAGGAGAAGACGAUGAAGAUGAUGAAGACGAAGAAGUUAGUGAAAAGUGGGAACAGGAGAGUGUGCUAGUCCCCACAAAGCGCCAGUCCCGCAAGAACACACCACAGCCUAGCAAAAUCAGCAGCAACUCCUCACCAUCUUUGCCUGAUGUUGUUGAACAUCCACAGCCUUAAAUCAUGGAUAUGAGACUCUACCUCUUUGAGUACUUGUAUUGUUGAAAGAGUGAAAGGAGGGUAGAACUGUAAAUUAAAGUAAAUUGCUUAAUUUGUUGUAGAGGAGAUAAUAAUUGACACUUGAAUGUUUUGUACACUCACAAAGAUUAAUUAUACACAAUUUUCUUGAUCUA